AUGUGGCGGUGCGGUCGUUCCGGCCCGUUGUCACUGACGCUCCGCGGUCGCUGGGGUUGCCGCUGCGGAGCCGAGCGGGGGGUCCGGCCGGCGGGUUGUGAAUAUGGAGUGGGGAGGAGAGUAUUCUCUUGAUUCUUCCAAUUUAGACUGUUUGUUAAAUGUCCUCCCUGGAGAACUGGAGUUUCAACAGAUCCUUAGUGAUCUUGAUGAAAAAAUAAAGAAGAAUUCUUCUAGCAUGGAACAAUGUCUCAAAGACCUGCAAUCAGAAGUAAAUGAAAUAUGUACUGAUGAAAUACUACAAAGCACAAAUGACUGCCUUCAGUGGUUGAACAACUGCAAUUUUGUUUCUCUCCGUCCUUCAUCUACACAGCAUGGAGAGCUGAUGGAGUUCCUAAGGACUCUGCAAAGGUUGCUGAAGAAUGAGCAAAACCAAGAGGAAAUGAUUCUUCAGUUCCUUCUGGAUCUCUCUAGUCAGUGUGGUGUGUCAUUUCCCUGUUCUCCAAGUGGGAUGUCUUUUGAGUUUACAUCUUCUCUUCAUGCCAUUGAGGAUGAUUCAACAAUGGAUGUGAAAUCUCUCUGGGAUGAUGUGAGACUGCAUCUUCGACGAUUUUUAGUGAACAGACUGCACAGUCAAGAAGAGACAAAUCCCAACGCUUCACAACAACAAAUGCAGCUUAAAACUCAGUGCAUACAGCAACUUCUGUUUCUUUACCCUGAAUCAGAAAUCUUAUCAAAGUAUCAAAAUAUGCAGAGUAAGAUGGUUCGUGAUCUUCUACAGAAUUGUGUUUUGUCGAGCUGUGGUGAAACAAAUUUUGAUAAGGUCGUUCAUGGCUACCAAAGUUCCAUACCCACACUAUGCACAAUAAUAAAAGAGGAUUUCUAUAUACUAAGUGGAACUAUCGAUCCUUCUUCAUCACUGAAGUUUAUUAAUGAAACUUAUCUGGAUACUAUCACCGAAGAAAUAACGGUUCUUCUUGAAAGACUUUGUGAGCUGCAGUUCAAAGAAAAUGCUCUGCACAUAGUUAAGGCAAACAAGAUUUCAAAGAAGCAUAGGAGAGCGGUUCAUGCUGUGGCCUCCCAAGAAUACCACAAAAAAGGAAGGAACUUCUGCUUAACGUUGUAUCAACUCAAAUGUCUUUCUCAACUCAUCAAGCUCUUUUUAUUCAUGGAAGAAAAAAUUGAAGAACUCUCUGCAGAAAUUCUGUUGAUGCCUUUGUUUACUGAGAAGAAUAAGAAUGUUCAAGGAGUUCUGAAGAAAGCUAGUGGGGAGCUUUUAAUAGGAGAAACUAGAGCAAAUGAAGCCAGUGUGCUUCCUGAACAGUUACUUCAGGUAAAAGAGCCUAUUUCACUGAAUUUUGGUUGGAGAAAUGCAUUUAAAGAUCUGUCUUCUUCAGUGGCUCACUGUAUAACAAUAGCAAUUCAAGAUUUUUCAACUAAAAUUCUUCAACAUGAGCGGCAAGAACAGUCUUCUGCUGCAGGCUGUGUGAUGAGUCUUGUAAACAACCAACAUAUAAGGGAGUCCUGUGGAGCCAUCCAACCAGAGGAGCAACCAAAACGAAUUGCUAAGUUUUGUUCUGACAUCAUGGGAGAACUUGACACAUUGCUUCCAUUGGCUCUGGCAUGCAGAGAUGAUUCUCUUCAGGAAAUCAGAGCAAAUUUUGUAGAGGCUUGCAGCAAAGUAGCAACAGCUGUCCUGGCAAGACUAGAGGAGAAAAGUGAAGACGUUCCCUCCAAGGCUCCCCUGCAAAACUUGCAUGCUGCUCUUUCCACAGCAAUAUAUGUCUGUCAACAUUUUACAAUGUAUAGCAAUUUAAUGAGAGAAAGCAGCAAAAAACCUCUUUUCUUAGUGCCUGUCCAACAAUACCAGGAAUUCAUCAGCGUUCUUCAGUUUCAAGUUACAAACUACUGCGUCAGAGUUUGUGCUACAAGCAUUUUGCAGGAUGCUGAGAGCCACCACUGGGAUGACUGCAAAGCUUUUUAUGAGGGUGAAAGAUGCUCAUUCUCAGUCCAGAUGUGGUAUUACUUCUGCUGUGCUCUUCAUCAUGAUCUGUGGACUAUUCUACCUCCCAAGUUAGCCCAGGAGAUUCUUACAGAUGUGCUAGAGCAAUCUUUGGCUGUGCUGUCCUCCAGAUAUUCCCAGGCCUGUCCUAGUUAUAAGCGAACACCACAAAUCAGAAUAGAUAUUGCAGCAAUUUUGAUGUCCACUGAAAAUAUGCUGUGGUCAGUUUGCAGCUCAGUCCAGGAAUUUCUGAAUCCACAUGAAGACAGAGAUCUCAAGAUCUAUAAAAUACAUAGCCACUGCAAUAAUAUGCUCUCUGUGCUAGCUAUUUUAACUUCACCGCUGAAAAAUUUGUAUGAGACACUUAUGAACAAUUCUGGAGAACAUCUUCCUCAUGUUUUUUCUAAAGGCUUUUAUCAUCCAUCACACUGGUUAUUUUGCAUACCAUCGUCCAGUCCUUCCUUACUGAAGAGUCCAUCAGCCAGAGAAAUGGCAGCCCAGGGUCAGCUGAAACUGCUCUUAUCCCAGCCAUACUGUAAUUUGAACUUGCUCUUGGAAACCUUGCUAUAUCACGAUUGUCUCUUCGUGAGAAUUUUACUGAAAAGUUCAAGAUGUGAAGUAUUGACUGGUGAUGAACAAAGUUCUCUCUCAGAUGAGACAAAUAACAAAGAGCCUACUCUGAUUGAAACUAUCUUCACUAUAUUGUCUGACUGUAUUUUAUCACCCAAAUCACUUGGCAUUGCUUUUGAGGCCUACAUGGAAAAAGAACAGUUGUGGGAUUGCUUAUACAAUAUGACAGUUUCCAGUUGUGGCGAGUCAGAGCCAGAGGUUAUCAGAUGCUUGAAGCUGACUCUGAUUAAUUCAGUCAAGGGUAUAGUGAAGCAGAUCAUUUCUUUGAUGCAUUCGUGGGAGGCAACAGAAAACUAUGGAACAUAUCAGCACAAACAAAUUGUUCCUGAAAGUUUACUGAAAACAGUUCCAAAGGAAUGGAAUUAUACGCCUCGGGAAAUGAAGAGGAAGGAAUCUGGGAAAUGCUUCACAAGGCUUGCAGCUCAGGCAGUAUCUAUUGUAAUCAGCAAGUUACCUACAGUGAUUGCAUGUUUGCCUCCCCCAAUUAAGUACUUCUUUUUUCUGGCUGAGAGAAAAAUGUCAAGAAACUUUGCUGAAUUAAAGAAAGCUGGUCUGCUUGUCUGGAACUUGAUUGUAAUUAUAUGUCGGAUAUUUGAGGAUGGAAAUACUGCAGAACUUUUAACAGGUGCAACACUUGACAGAUGGAGCAAAGAAAAACUCAGUUUAGUUCGUGUAUGCUUGGAAAGUAUUAUGGGAAAACAGAAAAGUGGUCCUAAGCAAGUGACCCAGAAGGUUAUACUGAGCAUAGAACAGCAAAGACCAAACUGGAUUGAAAGCCAGUUGCUGAAGGCUAGAAAACUGAGCACAGACUGUGGCUCGGAUGCAAUUGAAGGUGCAGUGUUAGAGCAAGAAGGCAUUGCAUUUGGAUUCACUGAGCAGAAAAUAAACAUGAUGGUCCUGGAUAUCUGCCACAAACCAGGUGGCAGCGAGUACCUGAGGCAAAUUUAUCACAUCAUCCGGCUCAAUGAGAAAUAUUUGAAUGAGCAACUGUCUUGUGAGAAUUCACCUGAAGAGCAUGCUACUUCCAAUCAAAGCUUGCUUUUAACACUGAAGGGCAGAGAGGAGCAAGCUGUCUUCAACCCUUUCCAGGUGCACAACCAGUCUUGUGCGAAAGUGUUCAAUCAGUCAACCAUUACUGAAUGGAACUGGGAUUGGUCAGACUUGCUGCCAAGUUGUUUGGGACUGAAUCAGAUGACCUUCAGGGUGCUGUUGGCGCACAGGUGGGAAAUGAAAGAAGGAGCAGAUCUUGAAGAUGAGGAGAAAGUUAUGGUGGAACACUUAAAAAAUAUUUAUCUGACACAGAGCACUCCUACCUCAGAGGAUAAAGAAGAAUAAUUACCUUGACAGGUUUCGGGUAGCACCUUUUUCUGAAUUCAAUACGAUUAACUUAAUGGCUUAGUUUUAACUGACAGGAGAAGAAAUCUCAGGAAUAUAUAUUGAGUAGGAGUUUUAAACUAAAGUAUCUUCCCCUGUUAUUGUCUAGUCACCCCACCUAAGUCACAGUUGUUAACACAUGCAUAAGGCAAGCAACAAUACAUGAAAAUGUCAAUUUCACAAAACAGGAAGGGUGUAUCUUCAUACUGCGGGGACACAAACCUGAAUGACAAACAAAAAACUGUUUUAAAGUUAUAAAACUCACAGUGGCAUCUAAAAAUAAUGCAACUUUGGAUAUGUUCUAAGCAAAUGCUGAUGAUAUGUUGGUAUCUACCAUCUGGAGUCAAUUCAGCCUGCCCUGACACAGGGAUGGGGCAGAGUUCAAGGUCCUUUUCUCACUCCUGGUGCUUGUGUUCUGUUUAUUGCUGGCAGUAAACCAUGUGAAGUGUGAGAAAGGAUGGGCACAGGCCACACUUCAGUCUUUGAUGAGAUGCCCUGCGCAGAUAUACCUGGUUGUUAUUCCCAAGCAAAAAUGCACUAGAUUGGUUGUCUUCACAAUGUCCUGAGUGCCCAGUUGGUUGUGGCGUCAAAGGUAGAUCACAGUGAAGCCUACUGGCAGCAUUCAAAGUUUUCAGGUUGUUUUUUUAUUUAAAAAAAUAUUCUCAGGCACAGAGAAAUUAAAUAUCUUAACAGCAAACUGAAUAAGUAAUAAAGAAUUCAAUAUAUAUUUCUGAUAAUCAUGAAAUCUGUGGAAUCAUGGAAUAAUCAAAGAAUAAAAUAGACUUUUUAUCUAGUAAUGAUACAGUCAUUUCAGAACAUAUAGAAGUGAUGAAGUGUAAAAACAAUUUUUCUUUGCUUUGUAUUUCACCUUUGAAGUUUAGCUGUGCUUUAAAGGCUUAAAGCUUGGCUACAGGAAUUGCCUGUUGAGGCAAGUACAGUAUUCUGGCACCAGGUAUACAUGCUCCAAGCCAUACUAGUACUGUGUAAGUACAUGGUAGUUGGAGUUAGACUAUUUUUUCUUUUUGUAUGAAAUCUAUUGAACAUAAUUAAUUUUUUAUAUAGUCAUGUGAAUCAAUUUCUGUCUAUGUGGUGGAACUUAGCGAAAUAUGUUCUGUGAAAAAACUCUGCUUCUGGGAAACACUUAUUCUGAAUAGGAUCAACUUUGUAAGUAAAAUAAACUAUCUGCUAAUAAAGAAUCCCAUGCUGAAAUAGGAAUGUCCAUAUGGGGAGUUAUUCCAGGAUAAUUAUGAUGCUUUAAAUUCACGACACACCUGGUUCUAGAAUAAUAUAUAAACAGUUGUGUUUAAAAUAAUAAUAAUAAAAAAAAUCAUUAUGCUCCUUCCUCCCUUUUCUCCCAGCCAAGCUAAUUCAGCAGCAGCCCAGUGGGUAGUACUAUUACAAUACUUUCUUCCUUAGCAGUAGUGUAUUUAUACUCUUUACCAGCAAAGAACUAGCAAGCUAGAAUAACUGGCUUGAAUAAAAGCUGAAUAAUUGCACAAUAUUUUAUUUGGAUAUUUUCCUUAUCCAUAUUUAUAAAUACAUGUAUCUAUGACUUUUGGAGUCUCUGAAUGCAACACAGUGUGCAUUUGAACUUGUUCCUCUGUGACAAAUAGCAAGGUCUGGUUUGUUUGCAGUGAACUGAUCCUAUUAACUGACUUUCAGGAUAUGAAAGAAAUAAAUAUCAUCUUGGCCACA